AUGAAGGCGCUCGGGGUGAUCCCAGCCCGACUUGGCUCGACGCGGUUUCCGUCCAAGCCCUUGGCCGAGCUCUGCGGGAAGCCCCUGAUCCAGCACACGUACGCUGCUGCAAGCAAGUCGACUCUGCUGUCGAAAGUAGUCGUGACCAGCGACAGCCGUCGUGUCUUGGACGUGGUGCAGCGGGUCGGGGGCGACACGAUUCGCACUGGCGCUUGUGCCUCGGGCACGGACCGCAUUGUGCAAGCGCUCGAGUUGAUGGACCCAGCGGAGCUGAGCGAGUACGACAUUGUCGUGAACGUACAGGGCGACGAGCCGGGCGUGGACCCGCGACACAUUGACUUGUGCAUCGACGCACUGCGAAGUGCUGGACAAGACACUGUCGUGAGCACACUCGUGACGCCACUGGUGGACGAACGCGACGCCCGCAACCGGAACGUCGUCAAGUGCGUUGCCGACUGCCACAGCAACGCGCUCUACUUCUCGCGUGCACUGAUUCCUCACGCUAAAGAUGGGGCCUUUGCACCCGACACGACCGACUACCUCCGCCACGUCGGCAUGUACGCGUUCCGCACGGCUUUUCUACAGACGUUCCCCCAACUGCCUCCGUCUCGUCUCGAAGUCUCCGAAGACCUCGAGCAGCUUCGCGUGUUGGCCGCAGGGUAUCGGAUCAAAGUCGUGCGAGUCGCUUCGACACUUCCAGGCGUUGACACACCCGCCGAGUUGGACCAAUUGAGUCGCCACUGGCCGCCACUGUGGCAAAAACGCUAA